AUGAAAUAUUUUCUUUUUUUUGCAUUACAUGUGACGACGUUACCUUCGUUUCAUUCCUCCUUCCAGUUCAUUUUCAGUUUGCAAAUAUCUUUUGUUAUUGUUAGACUACUCGACAGGAUGGAAGAAAAGGUAGUGGAACUAACGCACAACUGGAGUGCGGAGCAGUGGGAUUGGCCCUUACAGCACAACGAUGAGGUGAUUAAAGUAACCAACACGAAUGAUAAGUUUGAAGUCGGUUUGGAUGCAUCAUUCUUCACGCCGAAGGAAAUCGAGGUAAAAGUUGCUGGCGAUAAUCUGGUCAUUCACUGCAGACAUGAAUCACGUGCCGAGCAUUAUGGAGAAAUUAAACGUGAAAUUAGUCGUACCUAUAAGCUUCCGUCGGAUGUAGAUACGAAGACUCUGACAUCAAAUUUGACCAAGCGAGGACAUUUGGUCAUCGCUGCCAAAAAGAAAGCAUGA